UUCCUGUUGGUGGUUUUAUGUUUUUAAGAUCUUAGCAAAGCCAUGUCUCAAGAUGGCGCGUCUCAGUUUCAAGAAGUCAUUCGACAAGAACUAGAAUUAUCUGUGAAGAAGGAACUAGAAAAAAUACUUACCACAGCACCAUCACAUGAGUUUGAGCACACUAAAAAAGACCUUGAUGGAUUUCGGAAGCUAUUUCAUAGAUUUCUGCAAGAAAAGGGGCCUUCUGUAGAUUGGGGAAAAAUCCAGAGACCUCCAGAAGAUUUGGUAAGUUUUAGAUAAAAUGUAGGAAAAUUUAAGGUAAUUUAAAACCUGGGUUUAAAUUUGGGGGUGAGGUACUGUGGAUAAGAAGCAUCACUUGAGACAUAGACAGGAAUUGUUUUGCAUUCUCUUCCUUCAUGCCAAAACUACAGAGGUAGCCUACUGGUUUCCCUUCUGUUAGGCCCAUCUUUUCAGUCCUGCAGAGG